GCCGCCAUCUAUCGUUAGGAGAAAGACAGCUCCAGCUCCGGACGUCGGACGGGGCCAAGAAGUAGAAUCGAGAGAUUACUUUUAAACACAAAAACUGCAGAAUUUCGUGUUUGAUAAACAACUAUAGUCAUCCCUAUGAUGGCAUUCCUAAUUCAACGGUUGCUAAGAGACGGGAGGACAGCAGGCAUGAUUCCUGUCUUUAGAGCUGCUCAUUUCUUGAGAAUAGAAAACUGGAGAACUGUAUCUACAUUGUCAUGGCAACAGUGUAAAAGACAAGUAUCCUGUACAGGGACAUCUAAUAUAAUAGUGCAAUCAUCAUCCAUGUCAACGUCGCCAUCAUCAUUGUCUCCAUCCUCCCGAGAAGUCUUAUCAUCGUACCAGUCUAGACAAAGCCCAUUUUGCAAUUAUGUGUCUCGCACAUCUAAGCACCACUCACACGGAAGGGACUGCUACCCUGGAGGUCAAUCACAAAGAAGUCUGCAAACAUGUGGCAGCGCCCUCUAUGCUGGCCAUAAUAAAUGGUCAAAGGUCAAAUACAUCAAGGGACCAAAAGAUCUUGAGAAGAGCAAAGCUUUUACAAGGAUUGGAAUCCAACUCAAGUUAGCAGUUAAAGAACGAGGUCCUAAUCCGGAAACAAACUCGUCUCUAGCCGCGUUGAUCUCUCUAGCCAAGUCCAAAUCCAUGCCUAAAGCUACCAUAGACAGUAUGAUCAAGAAAGCUAGCACUAGUAAACAAGGAGACUCACAACUUACAUUUGAGGUUAGAGGACCAGCCAAUUCAUCACUUCUUGUUACAGUGUUAACAGACAAUUCGAGGAGAGUAAGACAAGAGCUAACACAACUUACCAGCAAAAAUGGGGGAGUCUUUGGUGAGCAGGGCACAGCUAUGUUUGCCUUUGAGAAGAAGGGUGUUCUACGGGUUCCUUGUGACCCUGAAGAUGAGGGGUCAAUGAGUCUUGAUGAAGCAGAAGAGGUAGCGAUAGACGCUGGAGCAGAAGAAGUCUCAGAUGAAACAGAUGAAGAUGGUCAGAGUGUAUUCAUGUUCAUCUGUGAUCCUUCGGACCUUCGCUCAGUCAGAGAUGGUCUUGCUGAACGCUCUCUACCAAUCCAAUCAUCUGGCCUAGAGUACGUCCCUCAAACCACCAUAGCCUUAGAUGAUUCAGAUCUCACUGCAGUAGCAACACUCAUCGAUGCCUUUGAAAACCAUGAGGAAGUUCUCAAAGUAUUUGACAAUGUGAUCAGUAAGGACUAGAGUAUGUCCUUUAGACCACCCUAGCCCUUGAGGAUUCAGACCUGAACAUUCAUCAAUGCUUUUAAAAGUCAUGAGGGGAUUGUCAAAAGUAUUUUACAAUGUCAUCAGCAAGGAUGAGAGUGUCUCACAAGUCACCAUGUAGCCCCAGAAACAUCCUUUAUGAGGAUUGAAAUGAAGAUCUUACAAGGUAACAUAGUGAAUGUAGUGGCAUAAAAAGACGCAUCCAAAACUCAAAAGGCAUAAUAGUUGAUGGUUGUUAAUAAUAAGUGGUUU